AUUCACUCAUCAUUUCUCAUUUGCUCACACAUACAAACACAUACAAAACACACAUAGCAAGAAGCCAACAAGUUAGUUGGUGCACUUCAAAACAAAAUCAUGGCCACAAAAAUGAGUUUAGCUAUUAUGCUCGUACUAGCAGCUGCACUCCUACACACCACAGUGGCACAAACAACACACGUCGUCGGAGACAGCCUCGGCUGGAUAGUCCCUCCCGGCGGCCCCAUUGCUUACUCCACCUGGGCCGACAUGUACACCUUCACCGUCGGCGAUAUUCUCGUGUUUAAUUUCACAACUGGACAACAAGAUGUGGCUAGGGUGAGCAAGGAACAAUUCUCGACAUGCAAUUCAACAAACCCUAUCUGGCAUGAAACUACUGGUCCAGCAAAUAUUACCCUAACUUCAGCUGGGGAGUACUAUUUCAUUGGCACCAUGGACACCCACUGCUACUUGGGACAAAAGUUGGCCAUCAACGUUACCGGCACGUCCGGUCCUACUGCUAGUCCUGCUCCUCCUCCUCCUCCACCCGCCACUCCGGCCCCUGCCUCGCCUAGGGCCCCCGUCACGUAUGUGGUCGGAGAUGACUUGGGGUGGAUCGUCCCUCCCGGCGGCUCAGUUGCUUAUGCUGCUUGGGCUUACAACAAAACCUUUAUUGUUGGUGACACUCUAGAAUUCAACUUUAAGAACGGAACACAAGAUGUGGCCGUGGUGACAAAGGCAGCUUAUGCAACUUGUAACACCACUAACACCACUACUGUGUUAACAACCAGUCCGGCAAGGUUCACCCUCACUGCCGCCGGCGAGUAUUACUUCACAUCCACGUACUCACGCCACUGCGAAUGGGGGCAACAGCUAGCCAUUAAUGUCAUUGCUUCCAGCUCUGCAACGCCACCUUCACACUCUCCUCCUCCUCCACCAGCCACUCCUGUCCCGGCCCCGCCUAGAUCGCCCGUCGCCUAUGUGGUCGGAGAUGACUUGGGGUGGAUCGUGCCUCCCGGCGGUUCAGUUGCUUAUACUGCUUGGGCUUACAACAAAACCUUUAUGGUUGGAGACACUUUAGUUUUCAACUUUGUGAAUGGAACACAAGAUGUGGCCAAGGUAACAAAGGCAGUAUAUGAAACUUGUGACACCAAUAACACCAUUAGCGUGUUAACAACCAGUCCGGCAAAGAUCACCCUCACCACCGCCGGCGAGCAUUACUUCACAUCCACCUACGCACGCCACUGCGCCUUGGGGCAACAGCUAGCCAUUAAUGUCAUUGCCUCCAGCACCGCCACAUCGCCUUCCAGCUCCGCCACUGCACCGUCCGGCACCACCACGCCAUCCUCCUCGCCCGUGCCUCCGAGUGCCGAAGGACCCUCGUCACUCACAGCUCCUCCUCCGGUCAGCUCAGCCAUGUCCGUUGCUGUCCACUCCUUCUCCAUCACCUCCUUGUCAAUCGUCAUAGCUUUCUUGCUAAAUUAAAUGUGUACUAGAUACUACUAGUAUUUUUCUCUUCUUAAUACAUGUAUUGUUUGAUUUUUAUCAUUUUUAGCAUUAUUGGCCAUUCUGUGUAUUUAAAUUUUAGUUAUAUAUAGUAGUUGGUGUUACUCAUUCGAUCACUAUUGUAAUUUUGAUUAUUGAAUAAAGAUUAUUAUCAUUCAAUUGAUAUAUUCGACCUUCA